UCUUUUUCCAUUUAUAUAUAGUACUAUACAAACUGCUCGUGAUACUGUUACUUAUCUAAAGCAGUAAAAAUGCUUACCACAGAUGAAAUAGUAUUACCUGACCAAGGAGAUAACAUAAUCAGAACUAAAGAUGACAAUUUUCAAGUAGAUCCUAAAGGAAUUGGACAUGAACUUUUUGUAGCUUUAAAAAGCCACAAAGGGAAACUUGCUUUAAUCGAAGCCGACACUGGAAAAGAAGAAAGUUACGAUGAUCUUUUAAAAAAAUCAAUAAGAAUUGCUUGCCAUUUGAAAAGGAUGGGUAUAACCCAUAAUGAUAUUAUCGUACCUUGUACCACAAACCACCUAAAUUCAAGUGCUGUAUUUCAUGCUAUAUUAUUUUCUGGUGCAAAAUCUGCGGGAAUGGAUCCGUUUGCGCCAGAUGCUGAUCGUACAAAACAAUUACAACUUGUUAAACCAAAAUUAAUCUUUACCAUACCAGAAAGUAUUGAACCGCUUGAAAAAAUUAUAAAAUCUAUUGGUCUUAACACUAAAAUUGUUGUAUUUGGAAAAACUGAUAAACACACUUCAUUUGAUGAGUUUUUAAUCCCUUUACCGGAAGAAGAAAAAUCAUUUUUGCCAUACGAAACUAAUGAUGUUCAAGAAACCGCUUUAAUCGUUUUUAGCAGUGGCACAACAGGAUUACCAAAAGCAACACGCGUUACCCAUUACUCAGCUAUGUGUAUCUUUGGAAAAGGGAUGAAUUGGCCUCGACAAACUUAUUUAUCAUACAGCUCAUUUGUUUGGGCUUCCCAGAUCUUUCAAACACUUUCAUCGUCUUGCUUGGGGGGUAUUAAAAUUCAAGCCAGUGGAUUUGAGCCCGAAAAAACACUUAGAUAUUUGGAAAAAUAUAAAGUAACAUUUCUUUUUUUGGCACCACAAGACGUAAUAUCGUUAAUUAAACACGGAGUACCAAAAGAUUUGGAAUUGCCACAUUUAAAAUUCUUCUUCCCAGUCGGUGGAGGGUUAUCAAUAGAAACUAUUGAAAAGCUACGAAAAAUGUUUCCCAUGUGCAUAAUAUACAUAACAUACGGUCAAACUGAACUUUGGAAUGCAAGUCUUCAACUCGAUUUAUCACCAAAGGGUUUAGAAAUUUUUGCAAGGAAACCAGGUAGUUGUGGGAGACCAGCUAAAGGAUCAACUUAUAAGGUUGUUGAUUUAGAUACUGGAAAACCUUUAGGCCCAAAUCAACCUGGCGAAUUAUACGUAAAAUCAAAAACGAAUACACCUGGUUAUUAUGGCGAAGAUAAAUUCGACCGCUACGACGACGAUGGCUUUUUAAAAACGGGUGAUAUCCUUUAUUACGACGAAGACAAAUGGUUCUAUUUCGUUGAACGUCACAAAGAAAUGUUAAGAUACAAAAUGAUUGCAAUUGCACCAUCAGAACUUGAAGGUAUUCUGAUACAACAUCCCUCGGUUAAAUUAGCUGCUGUUAUUGGAAAACCUACCGAUGAAGGCGAUCUGGCAACAGCGGUUAUUGUUAAAAAAAUUGAUAACGUUACUGCUGAAGAACUUGAAGCUUUGGUUGCUGGGAAAGUUGAUGAACGAAAGAAGUUGAGAGGGGGUGUUUUAUUUGUCGAUGAAAAUGAAAUUCCUAUGACACCAACUGGUAAAGUUAGUAGGAGACUUUUGAAACAAUAUAUUUUAAAGAAAAUUGAAGGGCAAUAAAAAAUUCUUAAAAUUAAAUUAAAUAAAAACAUAUUCUCACUAAAUUCUUCAAAUUUUCCCAGUUUAUUAAUUUCCUGGCAUUCUAUUCCUAUGUAUCUUCUUUCAGUACUCUCUGUAUUUGAGUUGCCCAUUGUUGGUCAUGCUAUAUCAAGCAAUAUCAACUGGUUGUCCUUUUCUUCCUACAUGAUGAAUGCAAUUUCUGCAGAGGAAUGUGAAUUCACAAAAAAAUCUCCGGGCAGUUUAAGCGACUGGCCAUGAUAUUUCCACAAGGAUCCGCCACGGCUAAUUUUUGAUACUUCAAGAAAAAUCAAUUUGUAAAACAAUAAACAUCUUUUAUU